AUGGCGUUUGUCGACCUCUCAACCGUGAAUCGCUGUUCCCUGCCAAAGGAAUCUUUCAGAAAUGCCAAUCAGACUUGUGGUCUUGCCAGGAGUACACUGAGUUGUGGCUCGUUGGUUUACCUUAUCAACUACUUAGAUAUAUUCUUCUGCGUAUUUAAGCUACCAACGAUAUCAAUUUAUGGACUGAUAAGUGCUUUCUUAUUGCUGGUGCACUUAAGCCUGACCUUCAUGCUGACUAAAUACUUUUUUGUGCCAAAUUUAGCGACGCUUAUUGAGUUUGCACCCAUGACCAUGUUUGGAUCUAGUUUUCUAUUGUUUGGGCCCACAUUUUUCGUGUCCUAUUACAACAGUUUCUGGGAAAUAUGUAAUCCUCAUGAACCUGAGUCCAUAUGCCUGAGUCCUUUGCAGUUUGCAAAAAUGAUGGGAGACAUACUGCGCUAUAUUUUGAUAGGAGUUAUGGUUAUUUGUAUGCAGGGAUAUCGAGUUGACGGAGUUACUUUUUGGUCCUGCAUGUCCUUUAUUUUGACUGGAAUGGUCUACUUGUAUGUCGUAAUCAAGAAAUCAUACAAUGUGCACCUUAUAGUUGCGGACUUACACUCGAUAAAGUUUCGGGUAACUGUGAUUUUGUACACUUUUUUGAUGGUUUUACUGGUGAUCUUUGUUGUGUCGUAUGCUAACUUUCAACGAAGUAAGGUGAAAAGUAAGCAAACUCAGGAAAACUAUUUGGAAAUGGAUAGCGGUGAUGAGAUUCUGGGCAAAUACCAGAAGCAAAGGGCUUUUUCCAGGCGCGAAAUAUGGCUGAAAUUGAUAAAUGGGUAUAGGAACAUGGCUGAUUCAAACGUGAUAUAUAGAAUUGCAAUGAUACCAUCCUACUUUGUAUUGGCCACCUUUAUCCCGGUUAUAUCCAAUGAUCGCGCUCUGAUUGGCUGGAACAAGUGCACAAGCUGCCUGGGUUUGCUUAUCCUGCCAAUCAUAUGCCUGCCACAUGGCUUCAAAGCUGUUAGCUGGUUAAUUGUGUGCCUGACCUGUUGGACUCUCAGCAUCCUGACCUUCAUCUCCACUCAUUCCUUGAGGAGACCCGAUAAUAUAUGGAUUUUUGCACUGCUGGGAUUGAUCGUCAGCUCGGUGUUCAUUAACUUGCUAAGUCGAGAGAUAGAGAAUAUUAUAUAUCAGUACAUAAGUAUGCAGUUUGAUGUCAUGCCUGAUGUGACGGCACUGAUAUACUUUGGAUUGGGUGAGAUGUUAAGUGAAUCUAUUGUUGUGAGGUGCCUGCAGCAGAGGAAGAUGUGGGAUGCCACCUUUGGAGUUGUGAUGAGCUUGGUCACUUAUGCGAUCUUCCUGGCAUUUCCACUACUUUUCUACCAGGGAUGCUACAACAACAAAUGCAGCAUAAUUGUAACAUCUUCCACGGAAACAACCAUUCAUUUCAUAUUUUUAGUCCUGUCCACUUGUCUGCUUCACGUUUCCUUGAGUGGCUAUGAGUUUCGUAUAUCCUUAUUCUUCUAUCUCUUGGUGUUGACUGUUUUCUAUUUAACACUCCAGUGGAUGACUCACUACGAUUGGAUACUUUCCUUCGCCACUCUUCAUAAAUCAAAAAACAAUGAUUAGUUGAUAAUGGUACUAAUCG